CAGGAGAGGGACACAUUCUGUAGUCUCCUGUUAGUAUAAGAAACUCUAAUAGCUCGAAUGUUUGUUUUUAUCAGUUUUUGCGAUACCGUACGUCAGAUCCGAUACAUCAUAUCCUGUUUGGGAACGAAGCCUUCUGGAUGGAUGGAUCCCGCUCUGCAGUCUCUUGAAACGUUUGACCCUCCUCCCGGCGCAAAUAUUCAUAAAAUCUGACUUUUUGUGUGCCUGCAGAUGACGUUUAUCAAGACGCGUCUUUUUCCGGUAUGGACGGUGCAGCAGUAAACGAUAGUAAAGGAGUGAACGGGGCCCGGACAGCAGCUGACGCAGUUCCUGCUGCUCAGGUGUCCGUGUGCGGCUGUUGGCUGAAGCGCGUCCGAGCGUCUGUGUCCCCGGAGCACCGAAAUGAGAUAAAAGAGCUUCUUAAGCUGGCCGGACCAGGGGUCAUUUCCCAGUUGAUGGUGUUCAUGAUCAGUACUGUCAGCAUGAUAUUCUGCGGUCACCUGGGCAAAACAGAACUAGCAGGGGUUUCUUUAGCAGCUGCGGUGGUUAACAUCACAGGUAUUUCCAUUGGCACUGGUUUGUCAUCAACUUGUGAUACUCUCAUCUCUCAGACGUAUGGGAGCGGUAACUUGAAGCGUGUGGGUGUGAUUCUCCAGAGGGGGAUUCUGAUUCUGCUGCUGGCCUGUUUCCCCUGCUGGGCCAUCCUCAUCAACACUGAACCCCUCCUACUCGCCAUCAAGCAGAGCCCAGAGGUCGCCAGUCUCUGCCAGCUGUAUGUAAAGAUCUUCAUGCCUGGUCUGCCGGCAGCUUUUAUGUACCAGCUACAAGUGAAGUAUCUUCAAAAUCAGGGAAUCAUGUGGCCACAGGUCGUAACUGGUGCGGCUGGAAAUGUCUUCAAUGCAGCCAUCAACUUCAUCUUCCUUUAUUCUCUGGACCUGGGGGUGGCUGGAUCUGCUGCAGCCAAUGCUAUCUCACAGUACCUGCUGGCUUUGUUUCUCUACCUUUACAUCUGCUGGAGGGGUCUGCACAAGGCCACGUGGGCAGGAUGGUCACUCGACUGUCUGCAGGAGUGGGGACCCUUCCUCAGACUGGCCAUCCCCAGCAUGCUCAUGAUUUGCCUGUCAUGGUGGAUAUUUGAGAUAGGAGGAUUCCUGGCUGGUGUCAUAAAUGAGGUUGAGUUGGGAGCUCAGUCCAUGGUGUACCAGCUGUGCAUUAUAGCUUACAUGUUCCCACUAGGGUUCUCUGCUGCGGCCAGUGUACGGGUGGGGAACGCUCUUGGUGCAGGAAACAUAGAGCAGGCCAAGCUGUCUUGCAAGGUCCCCAUCGUUUGUGCCUUCAGUGUUGCAUGUGUUGUUGGAGGCAGUCUCAGCAUUGCCAGAAACGUCAUUGGAUAUGUUUUCACCUCAGAGCAAGAGAUUAUUCAGCGAUGUGCUGACGUCAUGCCCCUGUUUGGUUUCAUGCAUGUUUGUGAUGCCGUCAUGGGUGUGGCUGCAGGUGCUCUCAGAGGAGCAGGAAAACAGAUGGUUGGUGUUGUGUGUAACCUGGCAGGGCUCUGCUUCAUUGGCUUCCCCACCGGUGUGUCCCUGAUGUUUGCAGCAAAAAUGGGGAUUAAAGGACUAUGGACAGGAGUUACCGUUGGUGUUUCACUGCAGGCCACUGUUUUUGUCAUAUAUUUGUGCAAACUUGAUUGGAAAAAGGCCGCUGAAGAGGCUCGUGUGAGAGCAGGAGUCCAGAUCACAGAAGAAGAGGAGAUCACUGAGUUGGACCACACAGACUCGAAUCAGAACCCGGCCCAGGUCAGUACCACUCUGUCCAGCUUCGUGAGCUCUGACGAGGGCACAGACCUUGAAGUGUAUGAUUCAGGCCACAGUCCGCUACUGUCCUCUUCUGCUACCACCACAGUGGGAGAUGUUCUGUCAGUAAAGCAGUUGGUUUUACGACGUGGGCUGACAUUGUCGAUCAUGAUCUUCAUCCUCAUCACUGGAAUUGUAACCAGUAACCUGCUGGUUAAACUGUUCAAAUGACUCAUCCUAAAGGUUCAUUAAUAUUUUUUUAAUGUUAACACUGACUGUCGAGGAGCUGCUCAUCAUCUCCAGUUGCUGCCGCACUGCAAACAUUGGACAGCCAGAGCAAGUGACUUCUGAAGAGUCAAGGAGCCAAAGAGAUCCAUUUACAUCUCUCAGCUAGCAGACCAAACCAAAGAUGAAAUCCAUAAGCCAUAAGAACUUUUUGUAGUAGUGUAUCAAUGUUGUUUGUUUGUUUGUUUGAGUUUUGGACUUCUGUUCAGAUAUUCCCCUGGUCAAAUACUUAAUUACGAAUUAAGAUGUGGCCAUAAUGUUAGUUUUACACAUAACAAAAUGAACAAACUUUAUCAACAGAAUGUUAAGAAACAACAGUGUUCUCUGUACUGAAGUUAGUAUGUUAACCAGCCAGCCCUGACAUAUAAUGCAAAGGAUGAGGCACUGUAUAAAACUGGACCAAACCAUUGCAAGUCAACACUUUGACAGCAUGCAAGUGAUGGUGACCUCUGGGCCAGUGAGGUGCCCUGUCGGCUCCCCCCAUUUGUUUUGGUGCAUUCCUCGUAUGCCGUCUGUGGCUGAAGGCCAGUGUGGGAGCGUGACUCUUUUUCUCUUCGUCAUGACUGUUGAAAAUUAAUCCACAUGCGCAAAAGACACAAGACACUGACUCUAAAGUGUCACGUAGUAAGGAUCCUACACAGGUUAUGUAAUGUAAUUAACAUUUUUUAACAAUUUAAGGUCUGUCAGUUGGAUUAUGCUCUGUGGUCUGCACAGGUGACAUAACAGUCUCCCUAUUGUGGAAAUAUUAUUUAGAUAUGCUCAAAUUAGUUCUCUAAAUUAAAGUAUUUUUGGAUGUCUA